AUGAUAAAACCUAGUGUGGUGGUGGAAAAUAUAAUGGAUGCAUGGAAUGCGAAGGCUCAGCGAAGGCUCGAUGCAUGGUUUUUACAAGUAUGUAAGAAUUCUGAGUUUUUUGAAGAUAUUGUGAUGUCGAACCGUUCACAAUUAACUCAUCACGGCAUUGCUUCUGCCAUCCGUGAGAGACCAACUUUGAAGUCUCUAUCAAUUAGUUGGAUGUCUAGCAACGAUGACAUUAGUUCACACUUUAUUAACUCUCUGGUGAGUUUGAAGGACUUAGCUUGUCUUGAUUUGUCAUAUUCGCUUAUCUCCGAUGAUUUGCUUUCCUCUAUUGCAACCGGAGGUAUUCCUUUGAAAAAGCUUGUCCUUCAAUAUUCUCGUGGAUAUAGUUAUGUUCUUAAUUUGAGUAAUUGCACUAACAUAUCGGAAGAAGGUAUUUUUCAUGUUUUGAGGAGAUGUUGUAAGAUUAGACUUUUGAACUUAGCUAGCUGUUUACAAGUGAAGCUGCAUGGAAUGAACUUUGAAGUUCCUCAAUUGAAGGUGUUGAACUUAUCAAAUACAAAUGUUGACGAUGAAACACUUUGUGUGGUCUCAAAGAAUUGUUCUGGACUUUUGCAACUGAUACUACAAAAUUGUGAUGAUAUUACAAAGGAGGGAAUCAAGCAUGUGCUAAAUAACUGCACGCAACUCAGAGAGAUCAAUUUGAUGUAUUGUUGUAAAUUGGUUCUUAAUAUUGUUGACGAAAUGAUAUUUUCAAGGCCAUCAUUGAGAAAGAUAACCGUUUCAUCUUGCAACAUCUUCAAUAACAAAAAGUUCGGUGACAAAAAGAGAAGAUUCUUUUCGCGUCAUGGAUGUCUUUUGUUCUAGUUUUUUUGUAAGAUGUUUUUUGAACACUAAAAUGCAACAUGUUUUUUGUU